AUGCUUGGAAACAGCCUUAUCAUCUUCUUGAUCUGGGCGGAUUCCCGCCUGCACACGGCCAUGUACUUUUUCAUUGGGAACCUCUCAUUGCUGGACAUACUCUUUACAAUGAUCACUGUCCCCCAGAUGCUUGUCCACUUAGUCUUUGCGGUGAACAUCAUCUCUUUCAACAGAUGCAUGGCCCAGCUCAACCUGGCCCUGUCCUGUGGGAUGACUGAGUGCUUCAUCCUAGCUUUCAUGUCAUAUGACCGUUACGUGGCCAUCUGCCACCCUCUGCAAUAUCCCACCAUAAUGAGAAUGCAAGUGUAUAUGAAGAUGGCAGGCGUCUGCUGGAUCAUAGCCUUCCUCAAUACUGCAACGCUCACUGCCCUUACUGCAAGCUUCCCUUUCUGUGGGCCCAAUCGGGUCAAUCACUUCUACUGUGAGCUGCCAGCCAUACUGCAGCUGGUCUGCAUGGACACCUAUAUGGUAGAGCUCCUCAUCUUUGCCCUGAGUGUGGUUGUCCUCAUGCUGCCUUUCACCUUCAUCGUGGUCUCCUACAUCCACAUUGCCAGGGUGGUGCUCAGCAUGCGCUCAGCCAGGGGCCGGCAACGAGCUUUCUCCACCUGUGCCACCCACCUCACAGUCGUCACAUUGUUCUACAGUACUAUCGGCUUCACUUACUUGCAACCCCGGUCUAGACAUGCUGCAGACCAGGAGAAAAGAGCCUCAGUCUUCUAUGCUCUGGUCUCCCCCAUGCUGAACCCCAUCAUCUACAGCCUAAGGAACAAGGAAGUUAAAGGGGCUUUAUCCAAAGUGAUGGGAAAAGUCAGCUGA